AUGGGCAUGGGCAUGGAGAACAAGAGCGUGGCCAUCAUCGGCGCUGGCGUGAGUGGGCUGGCGGCGUGCAAGCACCUGCUGGAGCGCGGGUGCCGGCCGGUGGUAUUCGAGGCGGACACCGUCGUUGGCGGCGUGUGGGCGCACACCCCGGACUGCACCAGGCUCCAGACCGAGCGGACCAUGUACCAGUACACGGACUUCCCGUGGCCGGAUUCCGUCACGGAGGAGUUCCCGAACAACCGCCAGGUCGCCGCCUACCUCAAUGCCUACGCGCGCCGCUUCGGGGUGCUCGAAUGCAUCCGAUUCGAGCACCGCGUUGCCGGGAUGGAGUACGUCGGUGUCGCCGAGGAGGAGGUGGCGGCGUGGGACGAGUGGGCUGGCUGCGCUGACGCAUUUGGCUCUGGCAACGGCAAGUGGCGCCUCACGGUGGCCGACGCCCAGGGUCAGGUGCAGGUACACAAGGCAGACUUUGUGAUUCUUUGUAUUGGAAGGUUCAGCAAUGUUCCCAACAUACCUAAAUUGCCUCCUGGAAAAGGCCCGGAAUCAUUUGAUGGAAAAGUGAUCCACUCCAUGGACUAUUCCAAAAUGGGUAGUCAGAAAGCUAAGGAGAUGGUCAAGGGCAAGCAUGUGACUGUUAUUGGCUAUGGACAUUCGGCCCUUGACAUCGCUAAUGAAUGUGCAAGCUUGAACGGUACUGAGAAACCAUGCACAAUGGUUGUCCGAACCAAGCAAUGGGUCUUACCGGACUUCUAUGCUUGGGGUAUCGACAUAUCAAAAUUAUAUCUAACUCGGUUCGGUGAACUCCUUAUUCAUAAGCCUGGCGAAGGCCUCUUCCUUAGCUUGUUAGCUACCAUCUUGACUCCAUUG